AUGGAGGCUCAGAUGGGCGCGGACCGCUCGGACUUGGUGCAGGGAGACUCACAAGCCGCUUGGUCUUGGCCUGCCCGAGAGGAAGCUGUGGCAGCACUGUGCUUCUUUCGGGAGGCAGCCCAGGGGCUGUGUGGUGUCAUCCCCACCUCGACAGGGCCCUGCUGGGAGUUCCCACUGGCUGGUGGCCGUCUGGGAUCCUCGGCUGUGGCCCGGAAUGCCCAGGUCAUGCAGACUCCAGCCCAUCAUCUGCCUGACCUCCAACUCGGCCACCCGGAAUUUCCGGAAACCCCCGGCCCUGAAAUCCUGGGCCAGAGGAGACCUCGCAAGCAGUCAUGCCCCAAGCCAGGUGCUGAGCCCGAGGACCCCCAGUUUCUGGGGGUGAUUCUGAGGUUCGAGAUGAAACCGGAUGCCAGCUUGAAGAUUGUGCCCAGUUACAGCCUGCCCUGCAACAAUAGCUCCAGCUCCCACAGUCCCCCCUCUGAUCCCCCCAGGAGUCCUGAGAUCAACCUAGGAAGCAGCGAGGCAUUGGUACCCCGAUCCUGUGCAUCCUGUCGAACCCAGAGGACCCCCCUCUGGAGGGAUGCAGAGGAUGGAACCCCACUUUGCAACGCCUGCGGGAUCAGAUACAAGAAAUAUGGUACCCGCUGUGCCAGCUGCUGGCUGGUACCCCGAAAAAGCAUACAGCCUGAGCGACACUGCGGCAGAUGUGGGACAGACCUGGGCUCCCCCCAAGACCCUGUGAAGGAUGGGUAA